GCACUCAGUCCUUCAUCAUCAUCAUCAACAUGGCUGCCGCAGACCAAGAAACCCACGCCAGGCCAGUCCGUCCUCGUUCCUACAAAAACAAGAGCCAUCAGCGCGUUUUUUUGGGAGCUGUGGGUGACUUACAGAAGGACGGAGUACUGCAGGAUGUCGUCCUUGAAGUCGAGGGCCGGCGGUUUCCCUGCCAUCGGCUUGUUCUGUCCGCGGCCAGCCCCUACUUCAGAGCCAUGUUUACUAGCGACAUGGCGGAAAGUCGGCAGGAGACGGUACUUUUACAAGGUUUGGAUGCAGAUGUGUUUGAGGAGAUCCUGAGUUACAUCUACUCGGGAACCCUCCAGGUGUCCCUGGACAGUGUGCAGCACCUGUACCAUGCAGCCGACCUCCUGCAGCUGGACUAUGUGAGAGACACCUGCAGCAGCUACAUGGUCAGGAAUGUGGAGCGCUCCACCUGUGUGGACCUCUACAAGUUUGCUGAUGUCUUCUCUGUGAAGAUUGUCAUGAAAGCUUGUCUGCAGUCGAUUGCCAGGAACUUUACUGAGAUUGCCUCCAGUGAGGAGUUCUGCAGCCUGAGUGUGGAUCAGCUGACUGAGAUCAUCAGCCAUGAAGAACUGGAUGUUAAAGAGGAGACAGGAGUGUGGGAGGCUGUGGUGAGAUGGGUGCAACACAACAAGGAGGACAGACUGCAGCACCUACCCAGUAUCCUCCCUCACAUCCGCUUCAACCUGCUGACUCCGUACAACAUGGUGACCAUCUUAGACCACCCCCUGGUCAGAGAGGAUCCUGGGAGAUCGGUCAUCAGGAAUGUGGUAAAGGAUGCGUCCAACCAGAAGGGGAGGUUGGGGGCAGACACGCUGGAAAUGGCUCUACUUUUCCCUGAAGGCUCAACUGAGAUGCUGUGGAUGAAUCCAGGAGAAGAUAAGUACAUCAAGUGUCAGUAUAACCUAUAUCCGCUUGCUGGCACUGUCACUCGUGAUAACGACAUCUACAUCCUGGCUGAAGAGUCACACCGUAAUUGUGUCCUGUUCAAGUACAACCAUGUCCAGAACAACUGGAAACGGAUGUCUAAAGUACCAAGGGUGGUAGGUAGUGACCGGCACAAUGACUACCUUCUGGAAAUCAAUGGUGAUCUUUUUUACCUUCUCGUGGUAUCGUCAAAGUUGGUGUUGAAGGAAUAUGACCAUCUCACAGACGAGUGGUAUGACUGUUCAAGGCCUGAGCACGACGGGCGGUUGGCCUUUAACGCAGCAGUGUCCUGUAAUGAUCGCAUCUACCUCUUCACACAGACAGAACUACAUAGUUACGACCCAAGGGAAGACCAGUGGUGCAGGAAAGCUCCAUCAGACUACAUUUCUCAGGUCGAUAAUGCUGUUGCCAUGGGUACAGAGAUCUUCUGCACGAAUGUGAACUUUGAGAAGACUUUGGUGUACGACACAGAGGCAGACAGCUGGUCAGAGCUUUCAGGGUGGCAGGACACAACUCACAGCAUUGAAAACAUCACUGUCUUUGUACUCAAGAACAAGCUGCAUGCAGUGGUAGACAGCUUUAAUGAAGAGAUAGAAAAUAUCCUACUGGUGUUCGUGUAUGACAGGGUUGAAGAUGUCUGGAGUGAGUUGGAUACCUUGCCUGCUAGGGAUUGGGAUAUGUUUCGUCCUAUGUUCCCUGUUGCUCGGAUGUACCUUCCACAUCUGAACGCCAGCCAGUAGGUACAGUAGGUACAGGUCUGGGCCUGAACAUCUAGUAGACCUCAACAAAAUUGAACACUUGAGGACACGAUUUUUAACACGUAAAAGUUGUUAAGGUAACGUGUUACAUGUACACAGUUCUACCAGCCAUGUUCCAAAUCCAGGGGCUCAUGGAGAGUAACCAAUGGUGUCCACAUUUCAGUCCAACAAACCAGAGAAUGUACAUCUAUUGGGACAUUGUGGAGAGUCUUUGUAGUUUGGAUUUAGAUUCUGCAGACUACGAAGUUGAUUUCCUUGUCAAAGUUGAUCUUAUAGUUGUUUCCAUGGAACAAAGAGAAGGCACUGUGGUCACCAGGAAAUAGUUGCCUCUCCAGAACUAAGGCCAAGAGAAAAAAUGCUGUGUUUCUGGUUUCAGUCCUGAAAAAAUAGGAUCGACAGGAAGGGGAUUUCUUUUAUUUUUUUAAAUAUUUUUUAGAAUUCGGCUAAUGUUAUCCAGCAAAUAAAGUUUAAAUAGUAAAUAGUGCAUAGGAACUGUCUCAAGGACCCAUCCACCUGUUUGCUUGUGAACAAGUAUUUUACCUGAUUUACUGCAGAAAAAUACGUUAAAUGGCAUUUCAAACUUAAAAUUCAGAUGUCAUC